GUCUAAUCGUUGCUGGAAUCGCAGACAGAGAGAAAUCUGCCCUGGAGAGAAGAUCGAAGAAGGAAAAAAUCACAGAAAAAAAGAGAGAGGGAAAUGGCGAUUUCUUCAGCAUCUCUUUUGCUUCCAAAAACUCCAUCACUUCAUCAUCGAUCUUCUUCUUCCCUUUCUUCCUACAAUUCCAUUUUCUUCAGCCAUGGCAGAAGAGAUUUCUUCAGGAAGCAGAACAAUAGCCUGGUCUUGGACAGAAGCAGAGCCCAUAGGGGCCUCAACUGCCGCUGCAUGUUCGGGCUCGGCGUGCCCGAGAUCGCUGUCAUUGCUGGCGCUGUCGUCCUCGUCUUCGGGCCGAAGAAAUUGCCCGAAGUCGGUCGGAGUAUCGGAAAAACCUUCAAGGGCUUCCAACAGGCAGCCAAGGAGUUUGAGACGGAAUUGAGAAAACCGGCUGAAGAUUCAAUUGAAUCCACUGCAGAGAAUUCCACAGCUGUCAGUGAAAGUGAGAAACAAGACCUUGAAGUUGCAGGCACGAAAGAGAGCUUAUGAGAGCCGAUGGUUAUGAUUCUCAAAUGGUAGCCUUCCUAUCCACAGAAUUCUGCAUUGCAUCUGAGUUGAAAUGUUGCAGCUAGGAUUUGAUUUGCAUAGAUGAAUUAGUUCUUUCCUCAUGGAAAUAUAUGUAAUCACUCUAUAAGAACUUGAUUUUGGAUCGUAAAAUCAUAGUUUUGAAGCUUGGGAACUAUACAACAGUUGCUAUCCAGACCAUUAUUCAGGUC